UCCUUAUCCCCGCUCCGCUCCAUCUGCGGCCCACAAACAAGUGACACGUCUUCACCAGUUCCAGCAUUCCACCGCCAAUCUCUCACUCCUCGUAGCCAAACCCUUCAUUCCAUUCGCCGCCGGCCACGGACGGCGGCGCUCCUCCAUCUGCUUCUGCCUCACCGCCUAGCGUGAAGGGGCACCGGAACACGCAGCCGUCUAAUGGCGCCGCAGCUCCUGGGCUACUACUGGGUCUCAUCCUGGCCGCGCUUCCCUCAUGUGCCCCCGUGGCCCCGCGCUUCCCACGCCCAGCGUCGUGUGGUGCUGCGCCUCGCGACGCCCCGCCGGCGCACCUGCGCCGUCAGAGUGGUCGCGGACGCGGGCCCGGCGCUGGCCCUGGACCGCGGCGCCAGGGCGGUGGAGAGCCAGUUCCCAACGGAAGAUGAGGAGGGGAACGAUGAAGACGACGAGGCAGUGGGCGAGAGGGAGAGGAUGAGGCGGAUGCGGAUAUCGCAGGCGAACAAGGGGAACACGCCGUGGAACAAGGGCAGGAAGCACAGCCCAGAGACACUCCAGCGGAUACGGGAGAGGACCAGGCUUGCGAUGCAGGACCCCAAGGUUAAGAAAAAGCUGAUGAAUCUUGGACAUGCUCAGAGCGAAGAGACAAAAAUAAAGAUAUCACUAGGAGUUAGGCGAGGGUGGAACUUGCGUCUACAGAAGUUGAUGGUUCAGGAUGGCUGCUUUGUGGAGUGGCGGGACAUGAUAGCAGAUGCGGCUAGGAAGGGCUUUGCUGGAGGAGACGCCUAUGAUUGGAAUUCACAUACCAUAUUAACUGAGCAAUUGCGGCAGGAGUGGUUAGAGAAAGUCCAGAAGAGAAGAUCGAUGCCCAGACCCACAGGUAAUAGACGAGCACCAAAAACUCCUGAGCAGAAGAGGAAAAUUGCAGAAGCCAUUGCUGCAAAGUGGUUGGAUCAAGAUUACCGUGAACGUGUUUGCAGUGCUAUUAAUAGCUACCAUGGUUCAUCUGCUGGGUCUAAAGUACCACGAAAACCAAGAUUCCCAAAAGAACCAGGUGCAAAGAGUGAGUCUGUGAAAAAGAAACCUUUUCAACACACAGCAGUCAGAGCUGUUGCCUUGGAAGAUGCACAUGUAAAAAAUGCAACAGUGAAGAGAAAGAAGAGUACAACUCCUUACAAAGAUCCCAUGGCAGGUGCAAAACUAGAGAUGAUAACAAAGAUUCGAGCUCAAAGGACAUCACUAGAAAUAGAAAAGAAGGAGGCUAUUAAAAGGGCAAGGUCUCUCAUUUUGGAAGCAGAGAAAGCUACAGAUGCUCUUGAGACUGUUGCUGCAACAAACCCUUUUGCCCAAGCAUCACUUAUCGAAGCUAGAAAGCUUGUUACACAAGCAAGAAUAUCGCUUGAGUGUGUUGAUGAUGAAGGGCCUGCAGAAAAUUGUUGUGAGCAUCCAUCAGAGGACUCAGCUGUAUCGGAACCGCGCAACUAUGACUUGGAGAAUCAAAAUGAUGUGAUUACGCAAGAGAAUAAAACUGUUAAUGGCAUGACGCUUCCCCCAAGCAGUAUUAAUGGCAUGGAUUUCUAUCAGAGAAUAGAGAACUCCAUGGAAAGAGCGUAUCUGCUUCCUUCAGCUUCUUCCACAGCUCAAGAUGUGAACGGACGUCUUGGGGUAAAUGAUUUAUAUGGCAGUCAACCAUCGGUCAGUGAUGAUCAGAUUGACCAGAUUGCAGCAGAAAUAACAGAAAAGUUUCCUGCAGAGCCACCAGAAGAUGCAUCCUCACCUGCGAGUAAGUCUAAGAUGAGAUGGGUACGUGGAAGGCUCGUCGAAGUAGAAGAAUAAAGUAGGAAGUCUUAAGUAGUCAGAAGUCUGGAAAGCAUUACCAUCUGGUGAUCCGGUAAAUUUCUUGCUUCGGUUUUGCUUCCGUUUUGUAUGCUGUUGCUGUGCGCAACACUGGAAACACAACCCGCUUGCAAGGAUAUAGUAACUGCAAUCCAAGGUGUUGGCGAGAUUGAUCACUCAUCUUCUCGAGGCGCAUUCAUUGUUGGUAUCUCCACCCCAGAAGUAAAAUGCAAAGGAGCAUGUCGAGAAGCAGCCUUCCAAACUGAGAGACUUGUAAUUAGUAGUUGGGACUUAGAUAUUCCCCUUGGCCGUAAUCAGCUUAGGACAAAUAAUCAUGAUUUUAUCUUGAAUUAGAAUAUCCUGUAACAAUCAACUGUGACAUUCUAUCUGAUGGCCUUGGUAUUUGAUCAAGCAUGAGGAUACCUGGCAGUCUUGUGUCA